GCCAGAUCUAAGGACGGACGUGCCUCAUUCAACUCCUGCUGCACAGGUUGUGAGGGAGGGAGGAAAUAGUGAGAGAGAGAGAGAGAGAGAGAGAAGGAGAGAGAUAAAGGGACAACAGGAGAGGCAAAGGAGAAUAUUAGCAACAGCCAGAGAGGGACAGAGGACAGGUGGUGAGAAAAGAGAGUCAGCUCACUUUGAUGUUUUGCUAAGAGAAGAAGUAGAAGGAGUCAGGGUGUGAAGGAGUGAGGCAGGAGAGAGAGGAGACAAGCUCUCAGGUGUGGGACUACCCAGCUGUGGGAGGUUCCUCCAGGGAAGGUAUAGUGAUCUUCGGCAGAGACCCCUCCACUCCACUGGGAGUCAGACCUCCACGAUCCAGAGUCAUGGAGCCCUCCGUGUCGACCGAGGCCGAGGGGGAGUCCAAGGAGAGGAAGAAGAUCCACUUUGCUGUGCCGGCCUCCGCGCCCACCAACCUGGACCCUCGGCAAGUGGAGAUGAUCCGGCGCAGGAGGCCCACACCCGCCACGCUGUUCAGAGUAGCCGACCAAACGUCUCCUGAGGAUGAUCAGUCCACCCAUCAGGUAAAGUGGGUCGUAGGAGAGAACGGAGUGCUCAAACCAAAACGUGUAAAUCCAAACGUGUAUCAGCCUCCAUCACUCAAAGCUGUGCAGAAGAUGGCUGAAGCACAUAUGCAGAACCUAGGUGUCUACCCUCCUUUGGAAGACCCUUGUGAAGGGGAGGAGGAUGAAGACCACUGGCAGGGAGAGGAGGGAGAGGACACAUCUCCCACCAAAGCUGCUGAUCACCAAGACACCGCGACCACUGAGCAGUCAGACAAGUUUUCCAGCGUGAGAGAGAUGGCCAAGCAAAUCCAAGCAGCACAAGAGGAAGAGGAGGAGGAGGAGGAGGAGGAGGAGGAUGACGGAGAGGGGGACAAAACCAAGGCAACAACAGAGGAGAACAGUCGAGGGAGCAACUGAGAGAGAGAGAAAGAGAGCGAGAGAGAACGAGAAAGUGGGGCAAACGAUUGGAGGGAAGAUUUGGGGAGAGUGAAGGUGUGUCGUUACAAUAUGAAGAACUCAGAAAAAAACAGAUGAAGAAGUAGGUGUUUUGUGGAUGUGUGAAUAUGUGGAGUCUGAAUGCACAAGUGAGGAUGAGCGAAGGGUCGACUGAAAGGCAGAUACUCGAGCAUGUGAGCGAGCAAAGCUUUCUGUACUGCUUCACCUCUGAGGGGUCAGGUGGAUUAAGGAGAGGACAGAGUUUGUGUGUUAGGAGUCAGCCCAUAUGAGCAGGUGAGGAAUGAUCUACUGACAGAGCAGACUACAGACGCCACCUGGGCCCAAUGUCCCUUUGUUUAUAACGAGAGUAGUAGAGGGGGCCAAGGUCAACGCGACCAAAUAUCCCGUAAGACCAGUCCUCUCUCUUCCUUAAUGCUUGUGCACAGAGCAAAAUGUUCCUUUAAAGAGGGCAAUAACCACCACAUUAACUUUAACAAAGACUGUCUCUUAUAGGACCCUUUCAUAAGUACUUGAAGGUCUUUAAAUGAGAGUGGUACAUGUGCCACUGAUUUGCAGCAGUUUGGUUGUUUAGCCCCUUUCAUUAAAUGUGCAUAUACUGCCAUCUUGUGGUAGAAAGUAGGAACGACAGAUGUAAAGUGAUACUCCAGCCAAGAACAACCUUGGCAAAGUACUUUUAAAUUAUAAUCCUUAAUGUUUUCAUAAAAUCAAUCCCUGUUUUUGAAGCUUUUUAUGGUCAGGAACUGUCAUUUAAUAUAUUCAUAUUCAGUAAUGACCUCUCUGCAGCAUGUAAUCCACCUGUACUGUUUUUAAUGUCAUCUCAUUUCUGUCAUCCUCACUGUUUACUGUUCUCACUGCUAACAUUGCAUCAGACCUGUGUUAAAUGAUCACAUGGAUUAUAACUAAUCUACAACUGAUUACAACAGUGACCAUUUUCAAAGAUUGGUACUAAAAAUAUGUGGCCUGGAGUAUCACUUUAUGUGUGACCUAAUAACAAGCACCAAAAUGUUUGUCUAUAAUUGUGGUAAAUUUAUGAGCAAGUGUGUGUUGUUAUUUCAUACCAUACUUUUCAUUUUUGAGCAUACUUAAAAUUAAAGCUACCUCUAAUUUGUUUGAAAUACAGAACCCUGCCAUUUCCUCCAUGCCUCAUGCGUUUGAACUCGAUUCAUUGUGAACUGACUCCCUGUUAAGGAAUCAAAAAAAAAAAGAAAAAAAAAAAAGGAAAUUUGAAAUCUUUUUUUCCAAUAGUGUUGACUCACAGAUUUCCUUUUGUAUGUUAACACUUUUCUAUUGUCAUCUUUUUAAUCGUUCACUCAUGAUCUGUAUGUCACGGAUCUGUUGUCAGAGCUAUUUUUCUAAUCUAUUGUUCGGUGUAUGAGUAGCUCAGCUCUGUCCUGUUUCUACUGACUCUAUCCAAAUACUCAAAAGACUCACAGGCCUGCAUGUAGCAUGCAGCACACAGACAACCAGGCACUGUACGGUCACUGCUCAAACUUUCUGCACUCUUUCUACCACAGAUAUUCACUCGGUCUCUCUCUUUUCAUGGAGUCAACAACAGUUUUAAAUGUUUUUACUCACCAUCAUUUCCAAUUGAACUAAAGAAACAGGCUCUGAUUAUAAGACUUUUUCCAGUUGUGCCACAGGAUGAAUAAAUCUUUCUGUUUGUAUAUAUAAAAAACUGUAUGAAACUUUUUUUAACCUCUGACCUGCCCAAACUGCCGGAUGACUGGGUGAGCAGGCUGUGUGUGCUGACGCUCUGCAGCCGACGCCGUCCUCCCUCCUCCGCUCUCCGUCCACCUCCCCUCUCCUCCCGGGUCAGAAGAAAGCAACCAUGGAAAGACAUGUAUGAACUCUUACUGCUUAUUCUGUCUUUAUUUUUAUUUUAUUUCCCCAUUCUCUUGUUUCUCAAUGUGAUGUGGUUGUUUUAAAGUGAGCAACAAUAUAUCAAAAUAAACCGUUUUUCCUUUUUCUCCUUCAA